GGCAGCCCGGCCUGCGGGGAGGCGGCGGGGCGGCGCCGGGCGCCCGCUCGGUGGCGGGGCUUGAAGGGCGGGACGUGUCGCCCGUGCUGCCCAUGGCGGAGGGGUCCCUGAUCCUUCCUGCCGCCCGCGGGCACCCCGCUAGGGCGGGGCUGGCUGUUCGUGCCGGUAGACUGGGCUUCCGCCGGUGGCUCUGUCCGGGUACGCGGCUCUACCCGGGUGGGCAGCGGCUCUUGCCCGGGGAUAGCGGGGCAGGGUCCGGACGGGCACUCCCCUGCCGGGCCUGGGUGCUGCAGGCUGGGGAGGCCGCGGGUCCGCUGGGACCCGUCCAUACCCCGGUUAUCCCGGUGGGUGAAGCCCGGGAUGUCAGUAUCACUUCCCACCGGUUUGAGGCCGGCAGCCCGCGGAGAGCUUGGUGUGAUUCAGGAUGCUACUCCUAAUCUCGGGGCCCGUACGUUUUGAGGAGGAGCUCUGAGUAUUUCUGAAGACGUGGCUAUGGACCUGCAGCCCCUUUGUUUUCGUGCUGGGGGAUGAGAGACUUCCUUCCCCUGAAGUGCGAUGCCUGCGAGCAGAUCUUCUGCACUGACCACAUCGCUUAUGCCCAGCACGAUUGCACCUCUGCCUACAAGAAGGAUGUGCAGGUCCCAGUGUGUCCCCUCUGCAACACCCCAGUCCCUGUGAGGCGGGGGGAGAUGCCUGAUGUUGUGGUGGGUGAGCACAUUGACCGUGACUGCAAGUCUGACCCUGCACAACGCAAGCGCAAGAUCUUCACCAACAAGUGUUUGAAGCCUGGCUGCAAACAGAAGGAGAUGAUGAAGGUGAUCUGUGACCAGUGCCACAAGAACUACUGCCUCAAGCACCGGCACCCCCUGGACCAUGACUGCAGUGGGGCAGGACAUCCACUUUCCAAAGCAGGGCAUGCUGCAGUUACCAGAGCCCAGGCAUCCUCCUCCAAAAUAGUCACUGCAUCAAGCAGCAGAGCUGCCAGGCCAGCAGACAGCUCUUCUUCUCUGGCCUGUGCCAGGGGAGGCAGAGCAGCUGCGUCACAGACUCACGGCACCUCCCCUCCAGCUGUCAUGCUGCAGAAUGGGCUGAGUGAGGAAGAGGCACUGCAGCGAGCUCUGGAGAUGUCCCUGGCAGAGUCGGCAUGCAGCUCAGCACAGCAACCCAGCAGCACACAGGAAGAGGAGGAUCUGGCACUGGCCCAGGCACUGUCAGCGAGUGAAGCUGAGUACCAGCAGUCGCAGCGGCAGGCGCAUGGUUCAAAGCCAUCCAACUGCAGCAUGUCGUAGGCCGGGAGGCGGGCUGUGCCAGUGGACAUAGGAUCCUGCUUGUGACCCAAGGAACGGCUCUGGCCUCCCACAUGGAUGCUGGGGAGUUCUGGCCUGGACACUGGUACCAAGAGCCCCUUGCCAAGGACAGCUCAUCACCCUGGGAGCUGUAAGCAACCAAAUAUACACUGGCACUUCAGCCCUAGUACCUAUAUAAAAUUAGUGCAGCAAACUGCUGAUGCUCCUGGGGAGGUGAAGAGUGUACAGGAUAGGGCUGGGUACACACUGACCAAAGCAAGCAGCAGCCCAGGGUCUGCACUUACCCGCAGUUGCCACAGCCAUGUCCCAAUACUGCUGGGACUGUGGGGCGAGGGCAGAGCUGUGUGGGGACAUCUCUGCAUGCUCAGACAUACAGCUGGGAUGUACCUGCCUUCUGUAGUGGGGGGCUGGAUUUCAUGCUCUGGGGAGGGCUGUGCCCUCAGCAAAGAGCAAAUGUGGCUGGGAUGGUCUCUUGCCUGGGCAUGGCAGGGCUGAAUGUGCAGCCUCCUGGCAGUGUGAAAGCAGCCCCUUCCCCACUCCCCACACCCUUGGUGCCUCCCUGCUGUUUGCAUGUACAAGAGCACGUUGGGCCUUACCCUGCUUGGCUGGGGCACAAGACCUGUCUGAGACUGAAUGGAGCUGCAUUUCCUUUCUGGUUUAAUAUAAGUAACCUUGGCAGUGACUUGAAUGGCAGCGUCGUUCACAUGGGAUGGUUGCAGCUGCCUUCCUGCUGCCCUAAACUUAAACAGACCCUGUUUAAAUGCUGCUGGGGUAGGAAUGCCUCUGUUCUUCCAGUUGUGUCGCUGGUGAUCCCCUCCUGGAUAGCAAUAUCACAGAACCCCUCCUUACAAACAAAGCCCUGAGCCUAGAGCCUGGAUGGGUGGAGGGGAUUUGUCCUGCUGGCCUCUUGCAGGGGGUCUGCAGCCAUGUACAGCUGUGCUGCUUUCCCACCUGCUGCUGCAGCCCCUCCUGCCUGCAGGGCUGUGCCUGGUUCUGCACAGGACUGGGUUGUCCUGCUCUGAGCAGCUGGAGUGGGGGGGGUGGUUCAGGCUGGGUCCAGGGAAUGCUGAGACUUGUCAAAGUGCUGCUUGGGAGAAAAUAAAAGCAUAGCACAAGGUACAGAGGUACCUGAGGGAGCAAUCA